AGCCUCUGAAAAGACAUAAUGCACAACAUAAAAAGCAAUCUAGACAUGGACAACAGCAAGGGGAAAGAGCCUGACGAUAAGUCCUGCUUUAGCCGGCAGGGGGUCAUCACCUCUCUGCGCAACAACGGUGGUACCAUUGAUAUGUACAUCACCUUCGACGGGCAGGCUUCCAAACAUAUAUCAGCUGCCUAUCAGCUAGACGUGGGUCGACGUGGUCGAGUAUUUGGGGUCCAAGAAGGGGGAAAAGGACUCCCUGAAGCAGAACUGGGGAGAACCAGUCACCGAAUCAACGUCCCAUUCAUCCCCUUUCAGAUGCUUCGGGAUAUGGAGGAAUUAAAGCUUAAAGACUCCACCUACUUCAAAACGCAGAAGCGUAUCAUCCAUGGCAUGGUCAUCGAGCGCCAGAAGUCCACCAUCGAACUGUUAACCAGCUCGGGCCGUCAAAAGUAUGAACUGGAAAACGUGCAGAUGACAUUUGUGCCAAAGAAGGGCGACUGGGUGAUACUCAAGUGCGCUGUCCAGCUGGACGAUGGCUAUGUGGACAAGCAGGGGGAAAUUCUCGAGUUGCUGAAGGUGUUUCCAGCACGAGGUUAAGCGCUGUUUCCCAGAGUUCGUUGAUCUUGGCAACUAUGCCUAUUUGCUGCGGGAGACUUUCCCCACUGGUACAGAUCUUCACACGGGCGAUUACGUCCUGGCUCAAAAUUCACGCAUCGCGCCAUCAAAGUGACCCCGCAUCAAUAAAGAGAAGACCUAUUGCGCCGCUCAGGCGGUCACCAUCACUGACGCAAACCGCUCCAUAACCACCGAGCUGUAUGAGAAGCGUAAGAUCACCCUCCAGGUACAAAACAAUACGAAUCGCAAGUUGGAGCUUCUGAAAGUCCAGCUACAGAGUGGGGCCUAGUCAUAUAUGAGUGUGAUCGAUUACCAAUUGCCAAGACCAGUAUUUCUGUUGACGACAGCCUAUUGGUGAUCCUUGAGGUGCAGUUCCGCUGCAUCGGCGAAUGAGCGGAGAAAUAUACCCUGCACUUCGAUAAUUUUAAGGUGGAGCGCAUUUUCCAGAUCGUUGCCUGCAAAACACGUCGGCCUGCAGGCCGACGAGGCCGAGCAUCAUCUGGUUGCGACCGAAUGUUUGGUGAUGCAUUGGCGGCUUUGAAGUUCCAGAGAUUGUGCGCAAUGUUUACCUGAGAGAAUCCCAGGUCGAUGACCUAGAGAGAUUGUAUCCGUGCUCGAAAGAGGCCCUGUGCAUGGCCAACUAUGUUCAGCGCUACUGUUUCUUCUUGCAUCUGGAGGAAAUGGAUUUGAAGA